AUGACCUUUCAACUUAAAAUAUUGGCUACAGCACUUUUGUCAAUGCUUUUAUUGAGUAGAAUUUUCUCUCGUAUUCAAUGGGGAGCCCUUUGUAUUUCUGUUUUGGGUGUUUGUCUUGUACAGAUUUCAAAAGAUUCUGUGAAUGAAUCACCCGAACAUAAAAAUGAGGAAUUAAUUGGUUUAUUAACUAUUUUUGUUAUGUGUUGGACAUCUGCUUUUGCCGGGGUUUAUUUGGAAGCAGUUCUUAAACAAAGUUCUUGUGAUAUUUGGAUGCAGAAUAUUCGUAUUAGUUUAAUUACUCUUCCAUUUGCUUUACUCACAAUUGUCAAUGAUGCGGAUAAAAUUCAGAAAAGGGGAAGUUUCUUUGCUGGUUGGACUUGGCGACUUUGGUUAAUUGUAUUAAGUAGCUCUGCUAAUGGACUUAUUGUUGCUUUUGUAGUGAAGUAUGCCGACAAUAUCAAAAAAAGUUAUUGUCAAACUGUGGCACUUGGCGGCACAGCUAUCUUGUCAAUACUUUUGGGAGACUCACAAUUCUCCUUUUCCUUAAUAGGAGGUGUUUCUUUGGUUAUCUGUUCAGUAUUUUUGUAUACAUUAAAUCCUCCAAAAUUGCCAACACACGAAGUGCCAAAUGAUGAAAAAUUUUUAAUGGAUGAGGACAAUGAAAGCAGUGAAGAAGAGGAUGAAGAGAGAUUAGAAAUGUUUUUGGAUUACAAAAAAAAAAAUCAAGAUGUUAUCAACAUAGACCCAACUCUAAAACAACAAUCUAAUGAAGCAUUAAUAUCUUUUGAAAGUCAUACACUUCGCACGGCAGCUUCAAAAUUGCAAAUUGUGAUUGGUAACAUAAAAGAACGAUUGAGCCUUUCGGUUAGUAAAUUUGAGGAAAGGGGGAAUGGCGUCAAUUUCUUUUAA